GCGUCUGACUUCAAACGGCAUACUUUCCAGAGGACCACACGGGUGAAAUUGUAGCCCAGGGGCUAAGAGAUGCCCUCAACUCAUGGAACCUUGCCGAAGACCGACUCAUUUGUAUGACUACUGACAGUGGCAGCAACAUGAUUAAAGCUCUGAAGGACAAUGCGUGGCCUAACCUGCAGUGCUUUGGACACAGAUUGCACAAUGCUGUCGAGAAUGGUGUGAAGGACCCACGGAUCAAUCGUGCUGUUGGGGUUUGUAAAAAGGCUGUGUCUGCCUUUUCUUACAGCUGGAAAAAAAGAAGAGACAUGAGCGAAGUACAGGCAGAGCUUGGUCUACCCACUCAUCAGCUGAUAACAGAGUCCCCGACUAGAUGGGGUUCACGCCAAAGAAUGAUUGAGAGAUUUCUCGAACAGGAGAAGGCUCUAGUCCGUGUCCUGGGUUCGGACAAGAAAAGUCGCCAUCUUGUGCCCACUUGGCAAGAUUUGGAUGUGUUGGAGUCGGUAAAUAAAGCUGUGAAACCACUCCAAGAGUUCACUGAUGCACUCUCUGGGGAAUCCUAUGUCAGUGUUUCAUACAUUAAACCAGUGCUCCAUCUGUUCAAAACCAGUCUCCUAGAGCCAGGGGAGGAAGACACAGAGCUCACCAAAAUAAUAAAAGGGAAUGUAAUGCGGUACCUUGACGACAAAUACAGUGACCCUGUAAAAGAUGAGCUCUUGGACAUGGCCUCACUGGUUGACCCAAGGUUCCGCACAACCUACAUUGACCCAGACAAGGUGGAAGAAGUCAAAAAAAGAGUUGUUGCUGAGCUGAUGGCUCUACCUGCUCCCUCCAACAACAGUACACCACAGCAGCCUGGCACAGCUGUGCAGGUGCGCCAAGAAGAUGCACAGCCUCCACCCAAGAAAAAGAUGACUUUAGCGGCCUUCUUCAAACAGAAUGUAGUGUCAUCUCCCAACCAGUCAGAGGCAGAAAAGAUAGAGACUGAACCCAGAUACCAAUCCUCUUGA